AUGUUUCACUCCCUAACCCGCCUUAUCUGGAUCUUGCUCUUGCUGCCAGCGUUGGCACGAUGUCAGACUGGCGGUCAGUUUGAUGUGUGUAGAUCUCUUCGUGUCUCAGAGGCAGGACCAGGAUGGGAGUUUUACGCCUGUCAGCCGCCACCUGCCAACAUGAAGGAGGUGAUGCAGAUUAAAGUCGACCCCCCUGGCAUCACCUGUGGAAACCCACCAGAGAGAUUCUGUACACUGGUGAGAACACACACCUGGAAACACACACACACACACACACACACACACACACACACACACACACACACAUUGAAACUUUUCUUUCUUUCUAUCAUUUUUAUAUUUAUUAUAUACUAAAACAAACUCUGAUCACAGGUCUCAGGUUGUAAAUAUCAGGAGUAGUUUGCUCAUCUGACAUUUCUUCUUUUCAAUAAUAUAAAUGAUUAAAUCCUGCGAUGGUCAAAGGCCUGAACUUUAAAAGAAAUCCUUUUUUUUCCCCCCUGACAGCUGUUUUUAAAGCAGUCUUUCAUACAGAGAAUAUUCAUCCUUCUUUUGCUUACCUAAUGUAAUAGAGGAGACUGAAUUAGGUGUAAAAAUGUUGCCCUUAUGGGGAGAGUAAACUUACUCACCAAUCAUAAUUUUUGUAUAGAGUUCAUAUCUUCAAAAUUCAGAGUUUUAAAGGAAUAGGUUUCAAUCUGUCAAACACAACAUCACUCAACUCAACUUUAUUUGUUAAGCACUUUAAAACAACCACAACUGAACAAAGUGCUGUACAUAAAUAGACAAAACAACUAGACAUCAAGACAAUCAAAAAACAGUCAAAACAAUGGAUAAAAUAAAAGCAAAAUUAAAAAGUAAAAUAUAGUUUCAAUGUUUUUAGAAACUAAUUAAAAAACAUAGACACAAAUAACUAAAAACAAACCAUAAAACACUAAAACAGGAGCCGAGUUUCAUGCAGGGUUAAAAGCCAAUGAAAAAAAAAGGGUUUUAAGACGAGUUUUAAAAAUGGACAGUGUGGAUCACAUUACAUCUGAUCAGCAAAUUAAUAAAAGAUGAACAUACUUGAAUACACAGCCAAUCUACUUGUGGUCUCAAAUAUCUCAUCCUCAUAACUUUAAUAAUAAAAUGUGGAAUUUUAUGUGAAUUUUUCAGGUUUCAAUCAUAAAAGCAGCUGUUUCUUCAUCUACCCCCUCUCAACAGUUUUAGAUGUCAAGGAUUACAAUAAAAAGUUGUCGGUCUAGUCACUGAUGGUCUUGUUUGCUAUUGUUUGUCAUAACAAGGCAUCAGUAUGAAUUUCAGUGUCAUCCAUAUGCAUCAAACAACCCUCAGAGGAGUUUUAAAGGAGAGACAUAUGAUUUAAAUUAACUUAUACACAAACACAGUGUGUAACUGUAUUUACUGAGGCAGGACAGUUUUGACUUCAUGCUUCAUUUGAAAUUUUUACUUCUUUUACCUUUUUAUCUAACAAUUAAUUAUUAUUUUUGAUCCAUUUGUAAAUUAUUCUGCUGUGCUGAUGGUAGACUUAAGUCCAUGAUUGGGAUUGGUCUGUUGCAUUAAAGAAAUAACCAUAAGUUGUGUGGAUGCACUUAUGGUUAGAUUAAAAAGCUGUUGGAUGUCUUAUGGAGAUGAAAACCAGCAUUAUAUAAGCAUCUUGAUAACUGUUCUAGAUGCUAAGUGGAGUUAUAUUAAAACAGAGAGAUAUGUUGACCUGAGGCUGAACAAUCACUCUGCCAGUGGCGGAGCCAGGUGGUGGCUACCCUGAAAGAGGGGAGGAAACUACGCUAUUGCACAAGCAAAGCCAACAGCUUUUUGAGCUGUACAAGUGACAGUGUUUUCAGCAUUUGACGUACAUUGUUAGCCUCUUGCAAACACAACCCUAACUGCCCUAGUGUAAGAAAAGUAAAAUCCUAAAUGAUUUUUAUAUACAGAUGUUUAAACUCUUGUUUAAACAUACUUAUGAACAUUAUAUUGCUGCUAAACACUACACACUGCACCUUUAACUUCCAACGGGCUUCAACAUGUAAAACAACCUGGCUCAAAAUGACCCCAUAAUGCAACACUGUUUACACAAGCUCAUCUCAGUAAGGACUAAAGCUGUUCAGUUUGACCUCCAUUGUUACCAACACGAUACAAAGCAAAUUUUAACUCAUAUUAAAGACAAUACUGUAAUUAUCUGUCAGUCACUUUGUGACCCCUUAUAGUUAUCUUGUGACCUCCUGGGGAGUCCUGACCCACAGGUUUAACACACAUAUAGUCCUGCUGUCAGUCUAAUUGUGCCUUUGGGAAGUGAUGUCUGAAUUAUUGAUAUUGAAGCAAAAAUGAAAUGUGAAUUAUUGAUCACUUAGGAGCCCCACAAGAUAGGGAUUAUACAAAACAUGAUAAUGAGUCAGUGACAGCUUGAAAUCGCCCGAACUUAACUUUCAAUGCUCUUUUUGGCUCAACAUUUUUGAAUUUUAAUUAUUGCAAUAAAAAGGGCAGAAGAGAGGGUAGAAAUAAAGUGUUGAAUGUGCAUAUGGUUCCCCAGACACAUCUUUUGGAACGACUGACAGUGGUUUCACUUUAUUUUUAUUCAUAUUAAUAUUUACAAUGUGCAGAUUAAAUUUUGUGGCCACCAAGUUUCCUCUCCAAAUGGCUUCAGGGGUUUCAGCACAGACCUCUAAUUUCAUUGUGAUCACUAAAGUCCACUUGUUGUCUUGGCUCACAUCUCUGAGCCGCUAUCAGGAAUCCUGAAGUCCAUUUGAUGCCCCUCUGAAAAAGCUUUAGAGCGUCUGAUUCUUUAACCAACAUGCCGACUUCAGCAUACAGAUACUGGUUUAUCCCAUUAGUAAGAGUCACUCAGGGUUAGUUAGUGGUGGUUUAAGUCCUCUGAAUCUUCAGUGUGACAGUUGGCAGCUGCGGCUAAAGUCUUUAACACACAUACUGAUCAGAUUACCAUCAGCGUUAAUCCCCUCUCUCUAUCGCACACACACACACACACACACACACACACACACACACACACACACACACACACACACACACACACACACACACACACACACACACACACACACACACGUGCACACACUGUGAACUUUACUGCUGGAUGAAGUUGAAAAACGUGGUUGGUGUUGCUGUUUCUAAAUAUGAUAUUUCAGUUGUUUUAUCAUGAAAUACUGCUCAAUAUAUGUCACAGUCCACAAAUGUUCUUUUCUACAUAACCUUAAAUAUGGCAAAUAAAUGAUAAAAUCCAUACUGGACACUGUCAGACCACAGUGUUGUAAAAUAUCAUAUCUGGAGCAUCUCUGACCUCAGGGGAUGGGUCCACUUUAAUGCUGCAAUUUCUGAUGCCAACUCAAUAUUUUUAUGAUUUAUCAAUGUAGAUGAAUGCAUUUAAAUGACAGACUUUUUUAUAUAUUCAAAACAGGAUAAAGGCUGUUUUACAAUUGAUAAAGAAGAUUUAAAAAAACUUAAAGGAGGAAUGUUAGGAGUACAAUGUCUAAAAACCUUUGCUGGGAUAUGAUACUGUUAAAGGUCUGUCAUUUCAUUGCUAGCUGCAAACUAGUACUCAAAAAUAAACCAAGAAAUGCAAAAGCCUGCAGUUCCUUAAGUGUCCACUUGAGUUUGGUUCCAUAAGCAUAUGAAACAGGCAGAGUUCUAGGACCUAUUGACAGUGGUUGGGUGCCAUGUUGGAAAUACUGACUCAACCUAACUUUUGGUUCACCUACUAAGAGGCAAAGAGGUAAAACUGAGGUGGGUUUGUAGUGUACUCGCCACAAUGUGCCCCCUUGUCAGCCUUCAUCUCGAAUAUCAAAAAAUCCUCCUUGUAAAGUGUGUUUGGAUAGACAACUGAGCCAUGGAGAUGAAAUCUUGUUUUUGUUUAUAGGAGUGUAUGUGAUUUCAGCUGCCUCUGCAGCCCCCCUCAAGAGGACACUCAAGGAACUGCAGUUUUUAGCACUUGGCAUUGGUUUCAUUUCCCAAGACUGGAGGUUUUCAUUCAUUCAAAAGCUAAUGGAGAUCCCAUCAGAGCCCAUUAAUGAGACUUGUUUUCCAAGUGUGGUUAGACUAUUAGACUAUUAGACUACUGCCCACAGGGGAUGCCAGCCUGCUUUGUCAAGAAACUGGCCCAGGUCAACACUAUACAUGAUAGAGCCAAUUUUAAGAGACUGUGGCUCUAAUUGUUUUGUUGCUGUGAGUGUUCACUCUAUAUAGAAAUAUUUAAAUGCUUCACUUUGCCACCAGAGAACGUGUUUGUAAGACAACUGACCAAAAGGGGCAUCCUCGUCUGCUCCUUUUAAGAAUUUUUGCUUGUCAAUAAUUUUGUAACAGGUUUCAAUCUUUUGAUACUAUAGCGCAUAUACAUUGAAAGGACUGAAGCUCACCGUUUCAACAAUCCAAUGUCUCUCAGCAGUGACCCUGAUUGAACUGUUUCUGUUCGACUGUUUCCAGGAAAACCCUUACCUGUGCAGCGACGAGUGUGAUGCCUCCAGCCCUGACCUGUCUCACCCUCCUCAGCUGAUGGGAGACAGGGAGAGAGGAGGGCUCAUCACCUACUGGCAGACAGUCACAUGGUCCCGGUUUCCUGAGCCCCUGUUGGCUAACAUCACACUGUCCUGGAACAAGAGCUUGGAGGUUGUUGAUGACAUCACGAUUACCUUUGAAUAUGGCCGACCGACCAGCAUGGUGCUGGAGAAAUCUCUGGACAAAGGUGCAGUUACAGAGGGUGCAUAAGUCUUACACCAAAUGAUACCAACAUGUGGAUAACUGCUGGUGUUUGAUAUGAUGUUUUUCAGGUGUAACAUGGCAGCCCUAUCAGUACUAUGCUGAUGACUGUCUGGAGACAUUUGGUAUGUCUCCCAAACGAGUCUCUGAGUUAGCUCCAAGCAACCUAACCAGGGUUAUCUGCACCGAGCAGUACUCUCGCUGGGUGGGAGCAAAGGUUGGUUCCUGGACUUGAAACUGAUAGACAGAUCUUCCAGAUGAUACUAAUCUUCAAAUGUGAUUAAUAAAAAGUUCCUGUGUUUCCCCCUUAGGAGGAGAAGAUGGUGGUAUUCGAGGUUCGUGCUAGGUUCGGGGUGUUCGCAGGCCCCAAGCUGAUAAACAUGGAUGCCUUAUACACCCGUAUGGAGACCAUGAAGGGUCUGAGAGACUUCUUCACCUUCACUAACCUCAGACUGCGACUCCUCCGCCCAGCACUGGGAGGGACCUAUGUCCAGCGAGAUAACCUGCUGAAGUACUUCUACGCUAUAUCCAACAUCGAUGUACCUGCCAGGUAACAUCCACACAUGUUCAGAGAUAGCACAGAGGAAUUUUGUGUAGAGCAUGCAGACCUUGGCAAAGGAUCUGCAUGCUCUACCUUUGGCCCCUGACAGAGCUGCCAAGUUUGACAAGCUAGGAGUUGUGGCAAGUUGUCUUUUUCUUUUUUUGUUCUUGCAUUUGUGUUUCUUCAACAGGUGUAAGUGUAACCUGCAUGCAUCUCAGUGUGUAUUACGUGAUGCAACGCUGAUGUGCGAAUGCGACCACAACACAAGUGGACAGGAUUGCCAGCGCUGCAGCCAGGGGUUCAACCCCCGAAGCUGGAAACCAGCCUCUUAUCUGCCUCUGCCCUCAGGCACUGCCAACAUCUGUAUGUACCUAAUAUACUACUGACAUCUGAACAUGCACCUGAACACAAUACUGCUAUACUACUGACAUCUGUUUUGGACAACCAUCUGUACAUACCUUUGAACCAGACAACUGAAAACACUCUUGACAUCUGGGUACAUUCACUCACGGCCAGCACCUGUGUGUUUUUUAAUGCACUACAAGCAACCCUAGGUACCUCAACAACCUGCUCACAUCAGUUUGUAACUAAACACACUUCCAACAUGUGCAUUUACUUGUCUAUAAUGCAAACCAGUAUUGGGAUUGUCAGUAAAAACUAAUAAUUAGCUACAGUUAAUCAUAAAAGUAUUCAAAUCACUGACUUGUUGGGAAAAUUUAAAUAUAAAGGUUUACUGAUAAAAAAGUAAAUGUAGCUUGGAAAAGUAAUGUCAGUGUUACUUCUUUUUGCUGCAGUACUCCUAUCGAUGUUUCCCAUUUUUCCUUCCGAUUUAGCUCCUUGUUUUAUGACAGCAGACUCAACAGUCAGAUAUUAUCUAUGGUACAUGUUUGCUAUUUACAGUAAAGUUACAGGUAACAAGUCUGUAAAAUUUCUGUUGCAGCAUUGCUGUAAUUAAAUGUGAAAAUUAACUACUUACACAACUACUUACCAGAAAUAGUCGUGCAGUUUUCGUCCCAACAAUGCUGCCAACAUCUGUACUUUACUAAAUCCACCGCCAAUGCUGGUCCUGAGCACAUUGCCAACCCACGCAUGCAAGCUCACUCACUACAGACACUGGGAUGAACCUAAAUAAAGUGGCACGGCAUGCAUGCACCUUAACAAGCUGCUGCUUAAACUGCCUCUGUGACACUUUUGUAAAGCUGUUUGACAAGAAUUUUUUUUAAAUGUCGAUAAAUGACGUCUUUUCUUUAUUUAGAACUAGUUUCAUACUGUUUUAAAGCCAGAGGUCACCCCCACUCAAGAUCAUGUUUUUUUCUCUUUGUUCAGGUGAAGCAGCAGAAUCAGCAUCCAGUAAGUAUUCUUUAUAUGUUAAGCUGUACAUCCCCUCGCCUGCCUGUCAGUUUGUCUGUUCAUGUCUGUCUCCUCACCUGUCUGUCAGCUCUCCUGUUCACCUGUCCGUCUGUUCACCUGUUCCUGUCAUUUCCUUCCAACUCCUGUCUCCACAUCCUGACAGAAUAGUCAUAGUAGAACGGUCAGUGUUGCAUCAUGGGAAACAACUUUGCAGUCAUGUUAACUUACAGUCAUGUUAAGCACUAAAGCAGUAUUUGAUAAAUCAGGAAAGAUUUAAACAUUAUAAAUGUAUCACACGAGUUUACGUGUGUUCCCGGUAAGUUUUCCCAAACAUAAACACUCUUGGUGAAUUUACAACAUAAUCCCAUUAAUUCUGAUUGGUCACAUGUUGGAUCACACGGGUGGACAAAUUAAAUUUCAGGGUGCAUUCUGGGAGGAGAGUCUGAACGUUAAUCUGUUGUUAACGCUGACAGAUGGUGUGUUUAAUCUGUAUUAGCGUUCUUUAACCUGUCAGUCGCACACACUGUCACACACAAACACACUCACUCACAGCCACAUACAUAGACACAUAAAGCACUCUAUUGUUAACCAUUGGGAAUAUUUUGAAUAUUUUGAAUAUUUUGUUAUUUCUUAGGUAUCUUUUAGCACGACAGCACAGAAAAGCAGGAAGAUAAAAAGUUUAUUUGCAUACACAGCAUCCUAAUACAAGCACACCCUCUCACAGUUUCUCUGCUUCAGAUGUCAUCAAACUAUUCAAAAAGUUCUCUGAACAUGUUUAUAUCUUAACGCACAGGGAUCCUACAGGGUGCAACAGUGACCAAACAUAAAUUAAAUUAAACAUGAGAGAAAUAGAGAUACCUUAUAGCUAGACUGUACCUCAAAUGUGUAACAGUGACCAAGUCCACUCAGCUAGUCCUUAGGAUGGUUCAUAUUAAAUCUCAAUAAUAUGAAAGUCCACCUAAAUUUACCCUGAAAUGUCUUUGUGCUGAAACAGACAAUGUUAGUUUUAGUGGUAUGUCGAGUUGGUGACUGUUACAGAAACACUUAAAUCCAUAAAAAAUCUCUGCAGAACAGUUUUCAGUGUGUCCACAACUCAGGCUUUUGUCUUCCGGAUUGGCUCGGCAGGUUAUCUUUGUUUUUUCACAAAAGAAGGCAGAAGUAGAUUCCAAAUAAAUAGGGUUCUUUGGUGUAACUGGUGGUGUAAUGUUUUUGUUUGAUGUGACAUGAACAAGGUUGUAUCCCCACCAAAAUGUAUCACGGUUCAUAAAAGAACGGAUGACUGAGCGAACAGGUACUGCUCAAAUAAAAGAAUGUCAGGUAAAGAAUUACUUGCAACUAGAUUAUUUUCUUCCUCUUUGAUGUACCACUUCUAGGAGGAAGAAUUAAGAUGUUUUUAAGGUAUAGAAGCAGGGGUGUGUCCAGACUUUUUUAGCUGGGGUGGCCAAACCUGGGCACUGGCUUAUGCAGGGGUGGCCCAGACAUGAAAAAAAUAACAUAUUUACAACAGUUUGACACCAUUAGCUACAAAUAUUUUACCUACAAAAAAUGUAAGUAUCUUAUAACCUGCAAGUCCCACCUCUGAGAAUAGAUAUGGGGUGCCAAGGUACAACAAUUUUGGUUUCAUUGGAUAACCAAAGCCCUCUUUUACUCAUGAGCUUACAUUUUCUGGGCAAUUUUUAAAAAGAUGCCACAUGUCCAGUCACCUUCAAACACUUAUUUAUUUUGAGUCUACUGCCUGUAUUUUAAUAUGGAAAUGCAUGUUUCUGUGAGUCGUCUCAGUCAAGUUUGUGUAACCGUCAGAGUUACAGUAGAUGGCUGUUCUGCAGAGAGUUUGGUCAGUCAGUAGAGAACAUAGAUUGUAUAUAGAAUGGACAUCAUCAGCCUCCUCGCUGGGUGAAGCCUCUGCAAGAACAGCACCCCCUGGUGUCUGGUUGCAGUAUAGAUCAUAUACCCCACUUUCUCCAGCACAAUGAAUGGCGCUGUGGACAAACUUUAAACAUUAAUACAAGUCUUGUAAAAAAAAAUUUGCCCCUGGUUGUGACGUUGACAUGUAGAUAUUGCUUGACUGCUAUGUGCUCAAGUCCUCUUUUUUUCUAAGCAGCUCCACUUUUAAAGUAUUAGAGGUUAUAAAAAUGGGAAAUUACAUCAUAUUUUCUAUGAUUGACACUUGGGUACAAUUAAUGGGCAUAUGAAGAUUGCGUAGAUCAUCUGGGGGGUACACUGUUUGAGCAGAGUGUCAUCACAACAUUCUCCACCAAAUGCGAAUGCACAAAUUCUGGUUUCAGGAAAUUGAGAAAAUUCCCUGAAAUACUGUGAGCUUUUUGGCUUAGUUAUUACAAAGAGGGGAGGUGGAGUCAAGUUGUCCAUUCUUUAUAUAGUCUAUGGUAGAGGACAGAGAGCUGAGAUUCACUAAAGGGACGUAACUCUUCUUCUCUGACAGAGGCCGAUGACUCUAACACAGCACCAUCUGAUAGACCCUCUGCCUCAUCAGAUGGAGUGACUAACACUACUGCUACUGCUACUACUACUUCUACCACUGAUUUUACGACUACUACCAUAGAUAGUUUUACUACAACUACCCCUACUGAGCCAUCUACCUAUACUGGCUUGAAUAUUGGUACUCUAACUGCUUAUACAGAUACUACUGUGACUGACAGUGCCCCUUCUGACAGUAUUUUAACCUAUACUACUACCAUAACUGAAGAUACUAUCACUUCCUCCAGCACGACUGCUCCUGCUACUACAACAACUGAUGACACCACCCGUAGUGACAUUUCAACUUCUACCAAUACAGUAGAUGAAUAUACUACAACUGCCAAUAUUUCAACAAACAAUAUUAUGACUGAUGAUACCACCCCUACUGACAGUACUGUGACUACAUCUGCUACAACCACUGGUUUUACUCCCUUUACUGAUGCUACUUCUGUUUCAACUGUAUCUAUGACUAUGAUGGAUUAUGCUGCUCCAACCAGUAGUAGUACCAUGACUACUGCUACAAUAACUGACUACCCUUCCCCUACUGACACUGCUUCUAUUGCAACUAUAUCUUCGACUAUGACUGAUUAUGCUGCCCCAACUGGCAGUAGUGUUACUACUGCUGCCACAAUAACUGACUACACCUCCCCUACUGAAUCUACUUUUAUUGCAACUAUGACUUCUACUGUGGCUGCUGAUACCACCUCUACCAUCAGUACGACAAUGACCACUUUGUCUGUUUCUGACCGUUCCAUACCUACUGACAGUAUUGCUUUACUCAGCACUGUUUCUACUGUUGCAAGUACCUCUUCCAUCACUGACUUCACCUCUACUUUGGACAUAACAGCUGCCACAGAAACAAGUACUACUGGUGAUACUACUACUGUAUUGUACACUAACAAUGUUCCGACUAUCAGCACCACUAUGACAUAUUUUAGUUCUACAGCUUACUUUGUAAGCACCACUGAUGCAGGGGACUUUCCCAAAGCAGGUGUAGAUCCUACUGCUACCAUAACUGACAGUGGUACUACAUCUUUUACUACUAUCAGUGAUGCUGUUAGUACUACAAGUUCAGAUGCAUUCCUAGACUUAAGCAGUACAACAAUACCCACUGUGGACCCAACUUUACCAAGCAGUCCAUCUCUGGACACUGGAGACUUGCUGUACAAAACAGCUGCCACAGUAACUGACACAAUCACUCCCAGUAACGCUAUUAGCGUCUCCAGUCCUUCAAGUUACACCAGCACCUACAGCCCCACUAUCACAGGCCGUAGUACUGACUCAAAGGUGUCUAUUUCUGACCCAGUGACUGCACCAUAUGAUACCAUCUCCUCACCAGUCAGCACAGACUCCACCCUCUCUGGAACUGGUACUUCCAACCUGAUCACCAGUACUACCCAAUCUGUGGAAGGUACUACAUCAUCAACUGGGGCACCAACAACUGCAUCCAUAACCCCAGCCAGUGACUUGGCUCCAUCUGGAGAUACUCCAUCCACUGGGUCAGCCACAACCAAUCAGGCUGCAGAUCCUUCACCCACUGCAGGAGCUGACAGAACUUCUUCAGAUGUUCCUCCAGAUUUUUCAAUGAAUGUUCCAUCUCCUGAUGGAAUUCCUGAUAUACCUUCUCUGGAUGUACCUUCCCCAGACGUACCUUCCCCUGAUUUAACUCCCCUUGGUGUAACCUUCCCUGACAUAUCCCCUGAAGUACCAGCUCCUGAUGUACCCCCUUCUGGUCCUUCUUUAGAUGCAAGUCCUACAGAUGUGUCUCUUCCUGAUGUUUUACCCCAAGUACCAACUCCCCUUACACCUCGUUCUGAUCUUCCUUAUCCUGAUGUGCCCCCUACAGAUGCACCUCUUCCUGACAUACCACUGGAAUCAACAGUACCUUCCCCAAAUAAAGCCCUUCCUGAUGUACCUCUUCCAGAUUUACCAUCCUCAAGUAUAUCUCCUCUGGAUUUACCUUCUCCUGAUGUAUCCCUGACUGAUGCUCCUUCCCUUAAUGUACCACAGGAAAUGCUACCUACAGAUGUUCCUCCUCCAGAUCAAGCAACCCCUUAUGGACCUCCCCUUGAUGUACCCCCUGUAGAUGUACCUCCUCCUGAUGUAACCUCCCCUGAUGCACCUUUACCAGAUAUACCUCUUCCUGAUAGUCCACCUUCUGAUGUACCUUCACCAGAUAUUCCAUCUCCUGAUUCAUUUCCCUUUAAUGUACCUCUUGAUGUGUCUCCCCAAGUACCAACUCCGAAUGUACCUCCUCCUGACAUACCCCCUCCUGAUGUACCCCCUCCAAAUGUACCUCCUCUAGAUGUACCAUCUCCUGACACACCUCCUCCAGAUGUACCAUCUCCUGAUCUACCUCCUCCAGAUGUACCUUCUCCUGAUCUACCUCCUCCAGAUGUACCCCUUCCUGAUGUACCUCCUCCAGAUGUACCCCUUCCUGAUGUACCUCCUCCAGAUGUACCCCUUCCUGAUGUACCUCCUUCAGAUGUACCUCUUCCGGAUGUACCUCCUCCUGAAGUACCUCCUUCAGGUGAACUUCUUCCAACUGUACCUCUUCCUGAAGUACCUUCUUCAGGUGAACCAUCUCCUGGUUUACCUCCUCCAGAUUUACCUUCUCCUGAUGUACCUUCUCCGGAUGUACCUCCUCCAGAUAAACCUCCCUCAGAUGUUUCUCCAGAAGUGCCCUCCUCUAGGACUCCAGACACUCUGAUAGAUGCACCUUCUCCUGACGGACUCCCUCCUAAGGCAUCUCCCCCUGAUGCUCCUGUGGACCCCUUGAUGCCUUCUUCUGAAGUAGGGGGAGGUAAUGGAGCACCUGACAAAAGCUUCACUGCUGUGGAUCAAUUUAAUCCUGGUGAAUUGGCCCCUGUGGACUUCUCCUUCCCCUCUCCCGGAGACCCAAAUACAACUGAACUCAAACCAGAUUCCGGAGCAGUGCCUGUCAGUGAUCCUGGGACCACUUCAGAGGAUUCCAGGGGAACUAUUGAUGAUCCUAAACCAAACUCAGCAGAUUCCAGAGGUGAUUCCCUCUCAACAGGGCAAGAUACAGAACAGACAGGAAAGGGUGAACCAGACUCUCCUGCACCAGACAAUGCAAGUCCAGGUUCUACGUCAGCAGAAGGAGUAGAUUCUGAUGGAGCCAGUGGACUAACAGGAGGAUUAGAGCCAGUAGAAAAGAAAGAUUCCACACAAGAGACAACAGGAGCACUUGAUCGUGCAAAACCUGAUACAGACUUGAAAACUGAUUCCUCCAAAGUAGCGAAUGAUCCUGGAAAAUAUCCUUUAACAGCUUUAACGGAAAAGAAGCCAUCUGAAGAGGAUACAGCUGCCAGUGGACCAACAGGAGGUUCAGAUCAGAAUAAAGACUCUAAAGAAGAGAAGACAGGAGAGCAAAAAGAGGUCAAAGGUACAUAGUGAGGAACCAUUACAGUUCUUUGUAGUGCCUUAUCCCUGUUUUUCCCUUUGCAUCCUUUGAUGAAUUUGUUGGACUUAAUGCUCUACAUGGGGUGUUGUUAACAUGAGCACAGGCUGGAUGUACAAAAAAUAGACCAGAGCUAAUUAAGCCCAUACAUGUCUUGAUCAUGUAGCUUAAUCCUUCAGACAGCUAUAGAAACCUGUAUAUUAUAAAGUUUUAUCAGAGCUGUCACGUCACUGAAGGCUAGACUGAAAAGCAGGUUCACUAGUGACUAAAUUUCAAACCUUCUUCAAAUAAACUGUGGUUCCCGUUGUUGCAUAAAUUCAAGCACUUUUUUUCUUUAUCAAAUCUCACAGUAACUGAGGUCAAAGAGGAAACAAAAAAGGAAGAAAAAGGGAAAAAGAGGAAGGAGAAAGAGGAGAAAGACUACGAGAAGAAGAAAGGUAUAUAUCUAUGAAUUUUGUAAUACUGUACUGCCACCUACUGGUUGGUGUUAGAAACAGUGGUUGUAGUAGUUGCCCUAAAGUCAGAAUAGAGAAUUGAAGAUACAUCAGAGGCACUAUGACCUUAUGUCCUCUACUUGUCCUGAGUUGCUAAGCGCUGACCUAUGAUUGGAAACUAGAGUAAUGUUUAGACUUGACUCUUGCAAUGGUUACAUGUCUUGUUUUGUGUCUAAAGCCCAGAAGAUUCUGAUUCCUGGAGGACCAAAGUUUAGUCAACUGUCAAAAAUUGCCUUCGUCACCUUUGAGGGUAAGACUGCCCCUGACCACACGAUUCCUUCACCUUUACUGGACCUGCCUAUACACAAUACCCUUACCCAUGCAAAAUGUAUCCCUUCCCUGUAGAAGUCAUUACUCCCAGAGGAACUGAAGGUGUACUCAGACAUUUUUAUAUUGCCCCUGUUUAGUCUGUGACAGUAGAUGGUGCUCCCCUUCCCGAUGCCUCUCUCCAAUGUUACCCUCUCUUGCUGAUCACUGUUGGGGUUAAAAUGUAAUUUAAUGCUUUGACUCAUAAAAGCAAAUGGACAAGCUUGAUUGCACUGUUCAACCCCAUAAUAUAUCUGUUUCUAUCUGUGCUGCCAUCUUCAUCGCUUCAUCUCACCUGUUCGAUUUCCAUUAUGUCUUGAUGUUGCUUUGUCCAUUAAAUGUGUAUAUAACUCACAAUGGUUGUAAACAGAGAUGGAUGAUGCCUCUUUGCCUACACUCACUGUACCAAAAUAGAGUAUCGUGUUAGUUCAGGCAAGCCCACAAAGUCAAGAUCAGCCCAUAUUAGCUGACAGCUCAGCAGAUUACCUUGUACACAUCCAACUGGCAAACGUCAAAACAGGCUCUCUAUUUAAACUGCUUUAGCCUGCCCACUCUUGCUUCUACCCUAACAAACUGUUCGGCAACCAACCUCCAACCCAACCCUUACUUUUCAUCCUGUCUCUGAUUCCCUAGUGUCAAAUGUAUUGUCAAUGAUAGCUGCUCUGUUCUGUACCUCAGGGGUCUUUGCUGCUGCUGUCCUUGUAUUGACUGUGGCAUUGAGACCCCCUGUCCUUUCAUGCAUGUAUGUGGAAGGGCAAGGGGUCAACAGAGGUCAAUCAUGGCUCAACACUUGUUUUUGGAAAAACAAGAAAACUGGACAUCUAAGAUAAAUGUGAAAGAAAAUUAGAACAGAGGUCAUACUUGAACAUUUCAAUGUUUUUUUUUAAUUAUUGUUUUCCUUUAAAAAUUUGACCCAUGUUCCAUCUGUUUCCAUGGGAUGGGUGAGCUUUACCUAUUUAGAGCUAUUCUCCAGCCUGUGACUGGAGGAGCUCCAAAUAACUUGACUUAUUACUUUUGGAGGAGGGGGGCAUCAGCUCAGGUUUGACUUUGUCUGUGUCUGUUUCCAUCAGACUGUGAGUGUAAUGGUCACUCAAACCGCUGCAGCUACAUUGACUUCAUCAACGUGGUCACUUGUGUGAGCUGCAAACACAACACACGAGGACAGAACUGUCAGUUCUGCCGCCUUGGUUACUACAGAAACACCUCUGUGACGAUAGACGAUGAGCAAGUCUGUGUCGGUCAGUACUAUGCCAGCACUUUUAAGAAUGAACGAUUAUGGUUGUGAUGAUUAUGGGAAAGAUGAAGAUGGUGAUGGUGUUCUGUUUGUCCUCAGAGUGUGACUGUGAUCCAGAUGGCAGUAUUUCAGCUCAUUGCGCUGACUCUGGUCUUUGUCAGUGCAAACCAGGAGCCACAAGCCGCCGCUGUGACUCCUGUCAGUCUGGAUUUACCUGGAGAGGAGAUGGAACUGGCUGCACUGGUAAGCAUGUACUCUGCAGCCGCUUGCCAGUUCUCAAGACCACUAAGUUGAACAUUUGACACUCAGAAUCUGUAAAUAAUCAUCAUAAAAAAGGUGGGUCAUCAAGUGUAAAUUUUGGGACAUUGUCAUUAAUUAUUUGUGAUGGCAAAUUGCACACUGACACAUAAUGUGUUGGGAUGAGUUGGGUUGUCAGUAUCUGAAAACUUAACUUGGCUGUUUUUAUCAGAUAAAUUUUGAUAUCACAAUAAUUAAAAAUAUUGGCAUAAUAACAAGUGGUGUAUAUUGGGCAUUCUUACUUUAAUAUUAACCAUGGCAUGUUGGCUAAAACACUUAAUUCUGACAAACUGAGCCUGUUCAAUGUCACCUUCAGCAAUUUGUUUUCAUUAUUUCAAAAUACUCUCCUAUACGACGUGCUUCUUUUGCCUUUUGUGGUAAUACUAUCUUUGUCUUGUGUGAUGAAAAUUUAGUCCUUGCUUAGAUGUGGUAUCAAAUUAGACUACCCCUGCCUGACCAAUCACUUUCCUUCCUUAGAGAACGUGUGUGAUGACGAGCGUUUGAUUUGUCAGAACGGAGGAACCUGUGUCGACUUCCAGCAGUGCCUUUGUCCAGACAAAUUCACAGGUAAACUCACACAUUGAUGAUGUCAUAGCUCAGGUCAUGAGUGUCUUAUGAUAUUGCAGAUCAGAUUAUAAAUCUGGCUACUGGUAGUGAACAAAGAUGAUGUACUUUAGGGUGCAUGUGCAGUUUGGCAAUGGAAGUUUGGCGGAGUGCAAGGUUUAACCACAUGGGGAUUAACCACCAAACAUCUGGAUGAAUGGAGUUUCACUUGCCAAAAUGUGUAUUCUUAUUUUUUAUGACAUAAGCAGUAAAUUGGUCAAUAAAUGUUUUAUGACAACGUGUGUCUGAAGAUUGUUAUAAAUAGUCUAACUAAUCAUGUCCUGUGUCCAGGUACACUCUGUGAGAAGAACGUAUGUUUUAAGAAAGGUGGUUGCCUCGAUAGUGCUGACUCCUCCUCCUCCGCUAUGACCUCACACUUCUACUUGCUGACCCUGAGUCUGAUGUACUCCAUUUUAUGCUGA